UUGUCGAGGUACAUCAGUGACAGUGCUGAGACAAUCAGUCCGAACACCUUGUUGAUAUUGUUUCCACUGACAUCGUUUUGCUGUCGUUUCUCGUCAAGAUGUAUUUUAAAGGAACCUUCAUCGCUGUGUUCUUGUCCUGCUGCCAGCCGCCUCUGUCCCUCUGUCAGAAGACUGCCAUCAGCUCAGUCAAAUUCCACAAGCCGCCCACCUGUCCACGUCACGUGCCCCGAGAUUACCAGGUGGAGCAGACUGUGACCAGCACCAGCAUCUUGAGCUGCACUGUUGUCUGCGCCUCGUCGCCAUCAUGUAACUCCGUCAUCUUUGAUCGUGCCGCCAAGACUUGUCACCUGUCGCAACAGGUAGCGGCGGCGGAUUGUGUCAACAUGGAGGUCAUUACUGACGCCGCGGUGUAUUUACAGAAGAAAGAACUUUGCCAGAAUGGAGGGACACCUAGCGCUGGUACCUGUGACUGUCUGCCAGGCUUUAUGGGAGAUAACUGCGAGCUAGGACCCAUGAGAGAUUGCUCUGAUUACAAAAUUAGUGGACAAGCCAGUGCAGUCGUUCGGAUGAUACGCCCUACAGACAAUGUGGCCUUUCCAGUGACCUGUUAUAAUGAAAUGUCGACGUUAAUGACGAGACGGAACAACAAAGUCAACUUCACGAGAUCUUGGCGAGAGUAUCGCGAUGGCUUCGGCAAUGUGAGUGACACCCAUUGGCUGGGACUGGAAAACAUGCACAUUCUGACGUCACAGAACCGGAAGUACCAACUCAACGUCCAGAAGAAAUGCAACUGUUUCAGUCUCGGGAAAAAACCUGCCGGCGACUGUCUGUCUGACCUGCGCGGCGCCAACUUCAGCACUUACGACAACGACAACGACGGUGACAGCAGCGUCAACUGCGCGAGUCGUCACAGCGGGGGCUGGUGGUUCCAUGGCAACACGUGCAGCACGUGCAACCCCACGGGUCAGCUGCUGCAGCCCGCCAACGGCCUGAGGACGGGCGACGACAGCGAGGUCUUCUGGGUCAAAGACCUUGGCAAUGUCGCACCCUAUGGGAUCAAUCUUAGACUUCAAAAUCUGUAAUUCGAAUUGAGGCAGAUAUCUUCCUCACUAUCAACGCCUAUAAUGUUGCAGUUAUAUUUGUUUCAUAAAAGUCAAUCUUAAAAGAUGUUAAAAUAAUAUAUUUUUAUUAGGACCAGUUUAUAUAUUCAUACAUAUUCAAGUUCCUAUGUACAUGUAAUCAUACACAGAGACUGUAUACAUACUUUGCAUUGAUGUUUUACUGUAUUACAGUAUUUAGCGUGUUUUUUAUUACAUAUCAUCUAAUUUAAUAUUUAGGCAUCACAGCGAUUUCAGAGUCUUUGUACUUAGACACAGCUUCGGGUUUGCUUUUCCUCUCUCUCCAAGCAUGGAGCAGCUAACGCUUUGAAUUCCUUAGCUUUACUGGGGAAGAUAUUUGUAAAUGUGUACAAACAACUUUCAUACAAUGUGAUACACUUUAGGUUUAAUGUUUUUCUUAUUUUAGUUUAUGAAUUGUAUAUUAUAAUGCUUGGACCUGUGGCACAGUGGCAGAAAUUCUUUGUUUAAUUUUUACCUUUUGUGGCCUAACUCACUGUAGCCUCUUGAUCACACUUGCAAUAUGAUGU